AUGGUUCUUGGAAGAUGCCCUUGUUCUACGGAUGGCAGGCACAAAUUGAUGUUUGCGAAAGAACCUUUGGCCACUUUCUCUUAUGGAGCUGCCAAACAAGAAUACAACAUUGAAAUGUGGAAAAAGACAGAAAAGUCCAUUUCCACAAAAAUCAAUUUGAAAGUAAUGAACGUGUGUGAUUUGGGAGUAAAUCAUUCAAAGAACAUUUCAGUGGAUAUGGGAAUGAAAGAGUCCAUGAAUACAGAGGUAUCAUUUAAGGGAGGAACUGUCUCUAUUCCCAUCAUGUUUUGUACUCAAUGUGGAGGUACGACUGUGCCUCCAAUGGAAAUCGUGAAAGAGGCUUUAUUAGAGUUGGAAGAACGUGCAGAGAAACAACAAUUGAAUGAGAUUGAUUUGGUAAAUAAAUCUGCCUUUUACUGA